AUGGGCUUGGAUGUAGAUGGAAACCCCGCGACCGACGCGAACGUUGCGUUGAAUGGCAGCAUGGCCCCUAUCGGGGGACCGAAAGGCUCCGGAAUCGCGAUCAUCAUGGAUAUCAUGUCGGGAGCCCGCAGCGGUGCGGCCUUCACUGACGAGGUGGGCGAUCAGUACAAGGACAGCCCAGCCUGGCUGUACGUAUACCUGACACAGCAAUACGACCCACCAUCCAUUCUCCUGUCCACACAGAGCCUUACGGAGCGCAUGGAUAGGAUCGAGAUCGGACUGAACGAUACAUCACGUCUGCAUACUGCAGCCGACCCCACGCACUCUGCGCGCGUCCCAAGGACUUCUCUCGUGGCUGGGCUUUCCGACUCGGUGAAACCACCUCCCUACGAUUGA